AGGUUUCUUCUAAGUGUGGAGCAGUGAUGUAAUGUGUCUUCAGGUAUAAAUAUAGAGGCAUGGCUGCGCGGCGCUCAUGCAGAUCAAUGUCGCUCCUGCGCUGAAGCCAGUGCGCCUGUCGGUCUGGGAAUGAGCGCAACUUCCACACGCUCCUCUGUGUCUCGCCGCUGCUUCUCUUUUUUAUUCUCACUUAACUGGAGAGCCAAACGCAGGGAGGCUGCGUUUAGAGGCAGAGCCGGGAUGGGCUCUCUUGCGGCCCUGCGGACCGUCUUGGUUCUCGGUCUGGUGACCGGAUUGGUGGGAUGCGCCCCCGGCUUCAACCGGACGGCGGACCGCUGGGAGGCCCUGUACUCGCGGUCCCUGGCGCGAAUCCCCGGGGAGAAGCGGGAGGAGAUGAACCGGGACAGCGACUAUCUCCUGGGCAUUAAACGGCUGCGACGCCUCUAUUGCAACGUGGGGAUCGGCUUCCACAUUCAGGUGUUACCGGAUGGUAGGAUUACUGGAAUACACAACGAAAAUCGCCACAGUCUUUUGCAAAUUUCCCCAGUGGAGAGAGGGGUGGUGACUCUGCUGGGGGUUCAGAGUGGGCUGUUUGUGGCCAUGAACCGGCGAGGGAAGCUGUACGGAUCUUUACACUACAACAACGAGUGCAAGUUCAGAGAGAAGCUCCUCGCCAACAACUACAACGCCUAUGAGUCAGUGGCGUACCCGAGGAUGUUCAUCGGCCUGAGUAAGAACGGCAAAACAAAAAGAGGAAACCGAGUGUCACCAGCCAUGACGGUGACACAUUUCUUGCCAAGAAUUUAGUGGCCUCAUAAAUAGACUUCACCUCAAUAUGGAGACAGGGGAAGGGGGAACUCCCAACCAUGAUGCACUUUCACGCCAAGCUUUAUGCAAGUGUAUCAUUUUUGAUCUUUUGCUAUGUAUAUAUUUGUUUUUUGUAAUUUAACAGUUUUGUAUUUUUCUAGAAGGGGUUGUCUUUUAAGUGUUGGUGGGAGAGGGGGAUCAGAAACACAAAAUACAUUAUUUAUGUUUUCAUUUUCUAAUUUAUGACUUGAGUGCUGCUACUGAAUGUAAUUAUUCUUCAGAAUAUGAUUUUUUUUUUGCACUGGUGGAAAAAAAAUGGCAGCAGUGCACGGCAUAUGUUCAUUAAUUUACUACUUUAUUAUUUUCAACAAGCUGAAGCGCUUUUUCUUUUUGAGUCUUAGCCUAAAAAGAAGAAAUGAGGCGCAACUGUCAGAAGCGGCGCUGAUCGCCCAACAAGUCGGCUCCUUUGUGUGGCAUUGAGUCCUAAUUGAAACAGUAUCAUCUUACUGCUGGAGAAGGACAGGGAGGGAGGGCGGGGGGAGGAAGAGAGGGAGAGGGGGAGUCAAGGAGCCCCAUGCAACCUGCCCUGAUCUGUUUAUAGCUCUGUCAGGGGGUGAACUCUGAACUUUUCUGCCGUCAAUCUUAGUCAGAUCUACAAGGCUGCCGAUACAGAGGCAUCCUCUCUGACGUCACGUAGGUGGAGAAUCUUUGCGUCUAACGGCAAUGCUGCAGCAGUGAAAUGGAUAAAGCAGCCCGAUAAUUGGUGGAAUGUAGUUGACAGACAUCUGCGUCAUUGUCAACGCUGUGCCAGAAUGCCUUUAAUCGAGGAAAUAUCAUUCAGCUGAAACUUUCACGUUGAUGUGCUUGACUGUGGUAAGCAGGUGGACAUAUGACAUAUAAUGACCUACAAAGAGCCUGCUGGAUCUGUGUAAAGCAAAUUUGACUUUCAGUCCAGUAAACUGGAAAGACUAAAGGCUUAUUUUAUUUUAGUCUGUGGAGAGCUCCAAGUCCUUAGUGCACAUCCAUCUGAUGGCAGCUCAAGGAAUAAAGUGGCUCUCAUUCUUACAACAGAAAAUAUGACCUCAUAGUUUCAUUUAGCAAUGAACACAUCUUAUAUCAGCAUUUCUACAAAGAUUGUGUGUUUGACUUCUGUUUUCAUCUUCGUUUUCUUUCUAAUCUGAAAGAAAUUCAUUCGUGUAGAUAGUAUAGUUUUUUUUUUUUUUUGCAUCGUCCGACAGACGCCUUUAGCUUCUCCCAGCUGAGACUGUGCCUCAGUUGUGAUGUAUGGACUGAACUGGGUUUCUGGUCUUUAUGCUAAGCUAAGCUAAACGACAGUCAUUUCAGUCUUGACGAGUUGCACAGUUAGACAGACUUUUUAAAAGUCUUAGCACAGUGACGCAGUGAGCUUCCGUCGUUUUAUACAGGGAUUUUUGAGGCAAUACAUCAGUGUCAUUAGCUGAGUGCAUUUCCCUCCACUCAUUUCCGUGUGUGGUGACAAACAACAACACACUUAAGAUAAAUUAAGCUCACAGAUAUAUUGUGUGGAGGACACACACUCUGACAUACUUCUGGUACGACCAACUUCCAGUGCACCGUUUUCUAAGCUCUAUUCCAACUUCCCACAGCGUUAGCUGUCCCAUGUACAGUCUUAGUUUACUCUGCAUGCCUCCUUUCCUUCUUGUAUUUGUCUCCUCUCUGUCUCUGAGUCCAUGCAGUUGACUGGUGCCCAGCUCUGGUGGCCAUGUUGUCCUAGUUGCGCCCUGUCACGUUCCAGCUAUCUUUACCCCGUGAUUUACUUUUAGAAAGGAUAAUCAUGGGAGAAAUAUUUACAGACAGCUGUUGGACUGUACUAUAUGCUGGGACUCGUAACUCUAUAUUUUUCUUUAUAUAUUUUGUAAAUAUAACCUCUAAGUAACUGAAGGUGCUGGUAUUCCUUUCUGGGGGAGGGGAGUUUUAGGCCAACAAAGCUAGGGGGGAUUUUUCUGUCUGAAGGUGUGUUUGAUUGAUUUACUUUGGUGAGAUUGAUGAAAAAAUUGUUAUUCAUCAAAGAAAGACACCUCAAAUAAUACGUAAAAAUAACAUUUCACCAUUUUUUCAGUUUUCAGUUGUUUGUCUUAUUUUGCAUUGCUGCCUAUUUACUAUUCAGUUUUAUUUAUUGUGGAGUUUUAAGUGUCCUUUUCAACAUUCCUCGCACACUUUCGUAUACUGUAAUCUACCACACUCCUGCUUCCAGUCCGUCUGAUUUCUCAGAGUGUAAGAGUGCCUUCAAUAGAAUUAAUCACACAUUAACGCAGAGACACUGUACAGGCUAAACACACACACACGCUAUUAAGUUGCAAAUAGCGCAAGCAAAUAUCAUGCAAACUGUCACUGUGGUGGCUUUAGGUUGUGAUUUCUGCAGACAAGCAUGGACGUGGAUGCUAAUCUAAGUGGAGUUAGGACGUUAGAAAAAACAGAUGUCGGUCACAAUUAAUGUGUAACGUCUGUGUCUGCUGGUCUUUGCUACAGUGCAGUUGUUGAAAUCGCCCCAUAAUCUCAGCUGGGCAGCAGUGGUGCAGCACUGGUGUUACUGGUGCUCACAGCUGGGCUUGGUGUUCUCACAGCUGGGCUUGGUGUUCUCAGGUGUCACUGCUUUGCAUGACGGGCAUCAUGUUUACACUAGAGUGCCUUUCUGUUCUCUGUCACUGACCCAGGGCCAGUCCCUCACUCCAGCUCCUCAUUUGGUUAUUAAGCUAUAGUCCAAGCAAGACCAGUGUUGUGCCUUAAGUCAGCAGUCUGUGACUGGUACAGUAUACCAUGUUUUCUGCUUACGCGGACCAAAAGGUUCACAGCAGCUUAAUUGUCACUGCUGACCACAUGGAAGGGCAGAUACACUUUAUUUGUAUGAUACUGCCCGAGAGCAGCCUAAGUUCAGUUAUCGGGUCGGUUCACCUACAUUGCCAACAUAGAAUAUUCAAAUCAGCAUCUAAUCUACAUCACUGACUCUGGAAAAUCCAUGGAGCGAGCAGUGUUGGUUGGAACGACAUCCUUCCCAAGACACAGUCCCUGUAAAAACCCAUAACAAGGAUGUUUUUUGGACUCAAUUUGUGGAGUUGGAAAAUUCUUAAUGCACAAGAAAAACAGAGAAUGUCUGUCUAUGACCUCAUUGUAAGUGAAGAGAUGUUUGUGUGAACUGACCAACAGUGAGAUGAGCUAAAGGCUGUCUGGCAUCACUCACCUUGUAUCAGAAGGUGCCUCUACCCUACAACCUUUAUAACAAACACCAGCCUUCAGAGGUGAUAUUUUUCAGACUGCUGCUUGGAUGCUGUUGUCCAGCGAUUUGAUUUUAUAUUGCAAAGUGAUUAUUUAAUGUUGUACUCUGUGAUUCUGAGUCCUGUGGUCUUGUGACAAUUUUAUGUCAGCUACCUUUAUCAUUUUAUACAGUCCUGUAGUUUUAUACAGGGCCUUAAAAAUGUCACAUUGUAUGUGCUGUGCACAUGGGAACUAACUUGAUAGAAGUUGUCAAUAAAAUCACGACCCCCUAAAUGCCAGUUGUGUUUACUUUUUAUUAUACAUUUUUAGUUUUCAUGGUUUAAAGCAAAGUUUAUAACUCAAGUGGUGCAAGUUGUCACGGAACGGAAGAUAAAGGACCCACAUGCACAGCACCGAGGCAGGAUAGUGAUUAAACACGGGUUUAUUGCAAUAAGCAGAGUAAGGUCCAGGUCCAGGUCAUACACAAAAAAUCUCGGAUUUAAACACAGACGGGGAGCAAGCGAUCUCAGGUCCAGUAGACAGGCAGGGUUCGUACACAGGUGGUCACGGCAAAAGUACAGGCAGGGAUAAGGCAAAACUCACGGUAGGUAGUUAGUCCAGGUUCGCUUACAGAUGGCGGUACAACCGAGGGUCACGGACACGAAACACUAGAACGCGUAAACUCAGGAACUCAGGGAACUCGGGAUAUUCAGGAAACACAAACGACGAUCUGGCGGGGAAUUGAGGACACAGGUGGUGGUUAAAUACAACGGGACUCGAUUCCUGAUGACGUGCAGGUGUGAAUAAUGACCGGGUGAAACAAGAACAGCUGUGACGUGACAUAACCCGGAAGUGAAGCUAGAACACAAAACAGAGACCGGGAGAUUACCAAAAUAAAACCGGAAAUGGAAACUAGAAAACCCAAGACAUGAUAAUGUGGCCAAAUGAACAGAGUCCUUUCAAAA